GAGAUGGCGGAGCACAGGGAGGAAUCGUUGCUGGAGAAGAUCACGGAGAAGUUCCACGGACGACACUCUUCGUCGGUGGUGGAUUCGGACGAUGAAAAAUCUUCGAGGGGACCGUCUGCCCCCGCCGAGGCCGUCAAGGCCAAGAUCUACCGGCUAUUCGGCCGCGAGAAGCCGGUCCAUAAGGUCUUGGGUGGCGGGAAACCUGCUGAUGUUUUCCUAUGGAGGAACAAGAAGGUAUCCGCCUCGACGUUUGGUGCGGUGACGGCUAUCUGGGUCUUCUUCGAGUUGAUGGAGUACCACUUGAUCACCCUGGUGUGCCAUGGGCUCAUCCUCUCUCUGGCCAUUAUUUUCCUCUGGUGCAAUGCGACCACUUUCAUCAGCAAGUCGCGGCCACACGUUCCCGAGGUGAGCAUUUCUGAGGAUCUAGCUCUGAACGUUGUGCUUUCACUUCGAUACGUGAUCAACCGGGGCUUGGUUGCACUGAGGGACAUCGCAUCAGGGCGUGACCUGAAGAAGUUUCUUGCUGCUGCUGCUGCAUUGUGGGUUCUAUCGAUCAUUGCCAAUUGCUGCAGUUUCUUGGUGUUAUUUUACAUAGCAUUUGUCGCACUGUACACGGUUCCUGUUCUGUAUGAGAAAUACGAGGACAGGGUUGAUGCAUUUGCAGAGAAGGCAGAGGCAGAGUUCAAGAAGCACUAUGUUGUGAUUCACGUAAAAUACUUGAGCAAGAUUCCAAUGGGGCCUCUGAAGGAUAAAAAGUUCCAAUAAAGAAGAAGGUAUUGUGUGGUUGCAGUUGAUCCUGGCAAUUCAUUUGCUACUGAAUGGUGCUUCAAUUGUUGCAGUGUCUGCUUAUCCAUUUUGCUUGCAACUCUCACUUUUUGAGUUCUUAAGUAGAUGUCCAUGGACACUCCGAGUUUUAUGAUGUGGAUCUAAGUUAAGUCGGUACUUAUUAUACCAUGGUUAAGAGCUGUUUUAUACCAAUGGUGAUCUUAUGAAUCAUCUGAUAUAGUUAGUAUUUCUGUAAGCUGUCAUGGAGUUGUUCCUAUUCUAGUAUAUGUUAAAGUUGGAUGAACUAUGUGUCUUGCUACAAUGAACUACCAGGAACAACUGGUUGUCCAAUUGCUUCAUGGAUGGAAAGAUUGCGCAAAUAAUCCCAGAUGCAUGGAAGCUGAGAAUUACUUGAUGUAUUAUGGCGAUAAUAGUGUACUUAUGCUGGAUCAGAGAUGCAAGCAUAGCAAUGGCAGGAGAUGGAAUGAUUGAUCAGGUCAGAAAGCAGCUUAUAAAAUGGAUGUGGGUUGGUCUUAGAUGGAUCUUGUUAUCAUUGUGAAUUAUAGUCUGUGUAUGGUGUGAGAUGAGUGAGGUGAGAGUUGAAAUGACCUUUUGAUGAUUACUCGAAUAAAUCUACACAAUGUUGUGUUGUUUACCUU